AUGCAUCCCCCCCCCAAAAAAAAAAAAAAAAAGAAAUACAAAAUGGAGUGCAACAUCCUAGACGAAGACGCAUUUAACAUCAAUCAGCCGAAUGGCAUAAGCAAAGAAAACACCAGCGAGAAGAAUUACUCAGAGGAUGAAAAGAACACCUCGUGUUACGUCAGUUACUCUUCCCCAAGUGAUGAGGACUCCAUAGACCUGCAGUAUGCACGUGCUCAAGACGAAUCGAAUGAGCAUCAAAACGCCAAGUCGAAGAGCAUGCAUAAUUCCAACGAGAAAGGAAAAUACAGCAGCAUUAAUAGCUUCCUUUUUGCCCCCUGGAAGCGAUAUGCAUACCACAGGAAAAAGGAUGGUUCAGUCGUACCGGCCACCGGCAACAUCCGUGUGGGGAACGCAAUGCAGAAGCUAAACGGAUUCACAAGUGCACACAGUGAAAGAAGGGCCAAGAGUGCAGAUAGCCAAAUAAAAUACAGUGAUGCGUAUGUGAUUGCCAAUCGCUUGAACGAAAAGAGAGGGACGCCCUCAAAUUACGUCGUUAGUGAUGGCAGAGAGCUCCUACCGACGGGCGCCAUCCAGGACAGCUGGAAGUUAGUUGAUAGGCAGGCACGGCCUGGAGGAGGGUAUGCGUUCUAUCGCGCGCCCUCGAAGAAUGAUGACUAUGGUGAGUGCUACGAUGGGCGUCGCGGGGAGCAUUGCGAUGAGCGCCGCAGUGGACAGUGCGUCGAGCACGAUGGGGAUCAGUACGACGUGUACGAUGACCUUUGCGGCGACCUCGGCGACGACCUCUGCGACGACCAUUGCGACGACCUCUGCGAUGACCUCUGCGAUGACCUUUGCGACGAUCUCUGCGUAGACGACCAUUGCGACGACUUCCAAGAGGAUCUGCGCGACGACUUUCAUGACGACCUCCACGAAGACCUGCGCGAGGGGAGUCACAGGCGGCAGGGGAACACCCAUCAGGGAAGGGGUGAACAGGGAAACACGCAGCAUGGAGGGAGUCAGAACCGAACCGCGAGGAACGCCAACCCGGGCCGAGUGAGCAGCGAAGAAGUAUCCUCCCCUGGUGAUGAAGACGUUGGAGGCACCCCCGCCAGUCCCGGCAGUGUAACCAACCAUAGUAAAAGGAAAUUUAAGAACCCCCUCCCCGAGGGUAGCACCGACGUAAAAGAAAGGGAUGACCAAAAUGAUCACGUGAACGUAUCAAGCGCCCACGCAUAUAAAACCUGCCAGAGCUCGGAAAACGAAAAUUAUAAUGAGUACCAAAAUAUAGAUGAUGACAAUUGCAGUAGUGGUGAUUUUGACUUUUACGGAGACGUGAUUUCUUCGCUGAGUAUCAAUCGGGACGAUGGCUUGGAGAGUAACUUCACCUUUGAUGAGUGUGUAGACGCCCGUGCGGAAUUCUUAUGUGAUGGUGACAAGGAGGAGGAAGCUCUCUUUGUGCAUGGCAACUUCAGUUGCGAUGAAAGCGAAUUGGCUGACCAGGCGGGGUCUAACCAAGCGGAGCCCAAUUCUCCCGCAAAUAGACCUCCUCAUAGUGAAAAGGCCCUCCCCACCGCCGUCACCGCAGCGGCCAUCGACCAUAGUGCUACUGCGAAGGGCGUUCCUGGUGCCGCUCGUACCAAGCGCGCAAACAACGGUAAAGACACUGAAGGAGAGACGACUCAUCAACGCAAUAGGCAAAGUGGUAAGAGAGACGAAAGUGGUACCAGCUCGUCCUCCCUUCCACCUUAUGCCAACCCACGUGAAUGCGACAACGCAUGUGCCAGUGACGACGAGAGGAGUAGUCAAGAAAGGGCAAAAGUGCCUUUCAGCAAAGACGCCAAAAUGGAGGCGAUGCAUAAGGCAGGAGUGGUUACCACAGGGAACCCACCAGGAAAGAGAAGCAAAACGAAGGAGAGCAACGAUCCGUUGGAUGAAGCGCUAGAAGGGAGUAGCACCCCGAAGGAACCAACAGAAGCUACUCCUACAUGUCAGAAGAAGGUUCCCGUUUUUAAUAACCCCCAAGAGGAAAAGAAAAAAAAAGGUCAGGUGAAUUUUGCGCAAAGCGUAGCAUUUCCCAAUCUUCAGGGGAACCCAAAUGGAAGUGAAAAACUUACACAGAAUGGUGCCCCAAAUUUUGAUACCAAUUUUUUCAUUUUAAAAAAUGGUGGCCAAUCAGGAAUGGCAAUUCCCCCCGGUGAAUACUUCAGCAGUGCGCACUCCUCCAGGAGGGGUCUGAGCCAAGUUGGAGAAUCGGGGCAACCGAGCGAGCCGCUUCAUCACUCCCUUCGCGUAGCAGAACAGGAGGCGAUGAAGAAGUGUCCUCCGAAGGGUGCAUCCAAAGGGGAGAAUGAAGUAGGUUCCCAGGAGAGGAUCCCCCAAAGGGAAACAGAACGUGUAGAGGAAAAAAAACAGACUAAUGAAAGGGAAGCGGUGAACAGUAGCAACAUUACAAAUUCAAUCAGAAGCAAUGUUGAGGAGGCGAACAGGAAGAAUCAGCAAAACGUGCUGAGCGAUGGGAACUUGCUGAAGCUAAUAUUGCACUGCUCGAAGAAGAAGAACCCCAAGGCAGUCGGAAUGGAAGAUAAAAUAAUUGAAAAUUUUAUUAACACGCAGAAAAAGGCCUUCGGUUUUUAUUUGCAGAAGAAUCUCACGAAUGUUUGUGCAAAGUGCAAAGUGGAGAUGCAACUGUCAGGCUGUGUCUUCCUUUGCUUCGAAUGCAUAAUCAAACAAAUGGAAGGGAGGGAAGAAAAGAAGAAGAACCUGUGGGAACCUCCUAAUGUUGGCAAUAACGAGCUAAAAAAAAUCAAUUCCUGCAUUUCGAACUUCCUCGGCGAAGUGGAUCAGGUGGAAAAAAAAUUUGACUUAACUGAUGAGGACCUUGUAAACAUGUUUCGCCAAAUUAGGAAGUGCAAUUUUUGGAAGUCCCAGAAGAACAUGUGCACCGUUUUCCGCUGCGUUUUCAAGCUCCCCGGGAGGAGCGGCAGAAAUGGAGGCUUAGUCGGUAGCAGGGGUGAUGGCCAACCCGACCUGACGGAGGAAGAGCUGCUCAGAAAAAUCUUCCAAAACAAUUUUGAGAAAAUCGCCAGCCUGCGAAAAAGCGGCGAGGGGGCCAGCCAAAACAGCGCAAGCAAUGACAAGGCCUUUUUUGGGGGCAGUGGCCCCAAAACGGAAGUGCAAAAGUUUUGCUGCUUUGUGAAGAAAAGGAAGACGGAGAAGAAGCCGGUGGGGAUGAAGCCGGCGGAGGGAAGGAAGAAGCCCCGCUUGAUCCGCAAACGGGAGAAGGAGCUUCAGGGGCGACGCGGCACAAAAUGGGAUAAAGUGCUGAAGCGCAUGUGCAAAAUGGGGCACCUCCUUAAACCGUUGCGAAGCGUUCGUGCCUGCCAUUACUAUUGCUUCUGUGUGGGGAUGGUCGGGAGUGAAGCCAAGAUUGUUUGUCAGGGAGAGUGCAAGGGCACCCCGGGAAGGCGCACAGCAAUUGGAGAAGUCCGCUCAAUUCGCCAAGUUAGAGACACGGUGAGAACGUGGAAGGGCAGCCUGGGCGGCACGGCGCUUGGGCUUCCUCUCGCUAUGCCGCCUCCCAAGCAGAGCGUCGUGGGCGAGGGAAUGAACGGAACCGGAGUGAAAGGCGGCCCAGCGGGCAACCGCAGAAAUAAAAGGAAGCUGGACGCCCCAGGGGUAUCACCAAAAGAGGAAGAGCAAAUUCGCAUGAGCGAUGUGAGGAGGGAGCCCUAUGACGACUCCCUCGCGGGGAAGGCUGCCCAGCCCAGGCAGACCGCUAACGGAAAGAAUGACAGUCAGAGCAGCCACGGAGAAGGAGGAGAAGGAGGAAGGCGAUUUAACAAAAAUGGCCGAAAUGUUAGCAGCCGCGAAGGGAAUGGCCAUGCCGAUAGGAGGGGAUUCUUACCAACCAAGGGAAACACUGGAGGUGAUCGCACGGAUGAUGAAAGUGAUUACCACGAGGAGGGAGAGGACGACGAUGAAGAGUAUGAGGAGGAGGAAGAUGAAGAGGAGGAGGAAGAAGAAGACGACGAAGAUGAAGGGAUAAACGGCGGGCAACCAAAGAACCGAUCGCGCAGCAGGAAUCGGCGCAAAAAAGGGCGAAAAGGAGACGGCGAAGGGGACCCCAUAGAGGAAUACCCCAAUCGAAGAGAAAAACGAAUGAACAGACGCAGCAAAAGAAAGAAGAAAAACAGAGUGGCACCGAAUGGCGACCCCGAAAGUGACGAAUACUCAGAUGUGACGAAUGAAGACAUUUUAGACGAUUUUAUAAGCGACAUUAAGAAGGCCAAUCGUAGUCACUACAGUCAGCAGAAGCUAAAUCAAUGGGUGAGGGAAAAUAAAUUGAAAUGUUAUUUCCACCUGCCUAGUAUAGUCACUCAGAAGGUAAUUCCACCCCUGAUAGUCCCUCUGAAUAAGAAGUGCACGAACCUAUUUUCGGAGCUGAGGACGAGUGACUUCAUCAACAUAGAGGGGAUAGAUUACUACAAACUGUUUAUGAUGAAGAAGAGCAUUUCUGAGAGCCGAGACCACAACAGGUGCCUGACGAACGUGUCGGAGGGGGGGGACAGCGGACCGCAAGUGCUCGCGCGGAGGAAGUUCUUCCACAGCGAUCGGAGCAGCAGUAGUAGCAGCGAUAGCGACGGUGCAAAUUGGAAGCAGCGUGAGCAGAGUGAGCAGCGUGAACAGCGCGACCAACGCGAUGGAGCGAAUGCGAAUGAAGGGGCGCAGAGCAGCGGCGGCAGACGAACAACCAUCCACCACAAGAAGAACAACGAGCUGAUCGAGCUGUACAUCCCCAACUUUUGGAGAAGCAUCAAAAGCGUAAACGAAAUAAAAUCCGUCACCACGGGAAACUCAGACGAUUUUUAUUUCAAACUGUUAGUGCAUCCAAGGGGAAACUCAAACGAUGAUAAUUACCUCUCCGUUUAUUUAGAAGUGAUCAAACAGGAUUUCUACCCUUCCGAGUGGGUCUUUCCGAAUGUGCGCUUCCAACUGACUGUACAUAAUUUCAAGUCAAAAAAGAAUUCCAUUUCGUCAUGGGCCUACUGGUCCUUCACCAACAACUCCCUAUCGAGGGGAUGGCAGAAAAUGAUAAACCACUCAAAAAUAAAUAAGUCCUCAGGAUUUUUGGAUGAAACGGGUGGGCUCUUGAUAAAGGGAAAGGCCGAGAGGUCCUUCAAGGAGCUGUGGUCCAAGUGCUUCCAGCACACCCCCAAGUACAUUUGGAGCUACAUCCCGGAGAAGAUUUACGAGAGCUUCGAGCACAACGAUUUGCUUUUCCAGUUUUUGUUUCAGAAGGCGUAUUUCAAGAAGUGCCAGUACGUGGGCGAGAAGGGCGCGCGCCACGCCAGCGGGAGUAGCAGCGGGGGAAGCGGUGCUAGCGGUGGAAGUGGGGGAAGCCGUGGUAGCAGCGGAAGCAGUGGGAAUGGCAGUACGGGAGGCAUUGUGAGCAGCGGCGGCAACGGCGAGGUGGCCAACUGGGCCGGGGCCAGCAACAGCCGCGGGAAGGAAAUGCUCGGGUACGCCAAGAGCUACAUGCUGAACAGGUAUGCCAUCGACAUCUACAACUUCUCCCUUUUCUGGACCCCCCAGUUCGUGAAAAACUACCUGGGCAGCUCGGAGAGCGCGGAGAAGUGGAGGAGGGCCUUCCACGAGAGUGUGCAGCGGGUUGCUCGCGGGGGUGGCUGUCAUGGCGGCGAACAUGGCUUCGGCGGUGAAGAUGGCCGCGGUGAUGGCCUCAGCGGUGAAAACGCACAAGAAUCCCUUCCAACCGAAGCGGACAGGCUGAAGGAAGAAAACAAGAGCACCCUGAGCCUCAUCAAGGCAGUGUACAGCAACAUGCAGGUGUACGAAGACCUCGUGGCGAAGAACAACCUGAAUGAGCUGAAGAACAUAACGACGGAGGAGGCGGAGAAGGACGACGCGGCCAAUAAAGAGGACCUCUCCAUAGAUAACCGAAAGUACAUACUUUCCCUAACCAACUACAUCGUCCCUGUGGUAGAAUCCUAUAACGACAAUGAUAAUCUCUCCAUCCUGGUGAACUGCCUGUACAACAUAGAGCUGUUCAAAAUUAUGGUCCUGAAGUAUAAGGCGAGUUUGUAUAAUCGGAUGUUCUCUAAAUAUUUAAAAAACAGAAGGAAAGAAAAAAAAUUUAAACUAAAGUAUGUGAUGAAGAGGUAUGGAAUUGAGAAGGAUGACACGAAGAAGGAGAUCAUAGAAAAGAUAAACGAAUGUAAUCGAGACAAAAAAAAUUACAAAUCGAAUGAAGCCGAUAUGAGACUCUCCGUUUUGAGCAAUCUGGAGGUCAUCAAUGAUAGGAUACAGAACUUCCUCACCCUUAUAGACGAAAAAAUUUAUUACCUCAAUAACGUAACCAGUCGGGAGAGGAGCAGCACAUAUGAAGAUGCAGAGGGGGAGACACACCCACGUGAAGAACAGGAUAAUGAAAAAGCGCAGCAAAUUACAAACACCAAUAUCUACAUCAGCUACAUCAAUGGGAAGAUCAGCUACGCGAAUGAUUGCUUGUACAGCCAAGGGAUGGAGAAGCACAAUUUGAAUUACCUUUGCAAUGUGAAUAAGGUGAAAGUGAGCAUACAGAGCAUUAACAGCAGUAUAGACCAAGUCAAUCUGCAGAUACGCCGACUCACGCCCUGCCCCCAUAAGAAGGGCGUGCCCCAUAAGAAGGAAGCACCCCAGUCGAAAGAAGCACCCCAGUCGAAGGACACACCCCAGUCGAAGGACACACCCCAGUCGAAGGACACACCCCAGUCGAAGGACACACCCCAGUCGAAGGACACACCCCAACCGAAGGACACACCCCAGCCGAAGGACAGCGCCGGGGAGAGUAGAAACGUAGUAGAGGGAGAAUGCGACAGAAUCAUUAUCAGCGAUGUCGUCGGCGCGGGUUCCGCUGCCCCCACGGCUGAUGAUGCGAGUCCGCGAGUGAAUGGAGCCGUCGAGGAAUUCGUCAGCACCUUUCAGGUCGACCCCAAGGAGAGUCGCAGCGAGGAGUGCCACAAGGAAAGUCACCCUAAGGAAAGUCCCCCCAAGGAAAGCCCCCCCAAGGAAAGCCCCCCCAAGGAGUGUCGCAGCGAGGCGUGCCACAAGGGGGAGUGCCACAAGGAAAGCCCCCCCAAGGAAAGCCAUGCCAAAGAAAGCCCCCCCAAGGAAGCGAGUGACCCCUCGGAUGACGACGCAAAUAAGCGGGAACACUACCGCGUGAGAGACUACAUGGACUUUUUAGAAAACGAUUUUAUAGACGACCCAAACGAACUGAAGAAUCUGUCCUACCGCUACACAAGUGACAUGAAAUCCUUUAACAUGUUUGAGUACUUUCGAAAAAACAACAAAAAUGUAAUCAUCGCUCUGCAAAGAAUCUUCAUUUGCAUGCAGAUGUACUCUCUAAUCCUGUGUGCCAAGAAGGGGAAGGAGGAUUUCCAGAAGGAUCAGUUUAACAAUUUCGAUAGACUUUUCUAUAAAGAGAAAGGAAAUUUGGACUUUACCGGCGCUGCUGGUGAACUGUGCGAAACCAGUGUGGCUAGCUCUGGCAGCGCUGCCCAUUCGACCAGCACGACGACGACCACCAUGACCAUGACGACCACCCCAAACAGCAGGAAGAGAAAGCACCGUAGCUGCCAGGAUGAGAAGAGAGAGGACCUCUCCGAAGGAAAGAAGAAAUUUUUGAAUAAAGAAAAUUCUGGGACGGACAACUCGGAGAAGAAUUCCAACUCGGAGAAGAAUUCCAACUCGUUUUCGCUGUCCAGCUCGAUGGAGGCGAAGGAUUUGCUUUUGACUGGAAAGGGCAGCCGAAGUGGUAGUGGCGGUGGCAGCAAGGGGGGAGUGGACGAGGGAGUGGACGAGGGAGUAGAGGAGGGAGCAGACGAGGGAGCAGACGAGGGAGCAGACGCGGGAAUGAGCCCAGGAAUGGACGUUGUGAUUGACCCCGCAAUGGACGUCGUGGUUGACCCCGCAAUGGACGUCGUGGUUGACCCCGCAAUGGACGUCGUGGUUGACCCCGCAAUGGACGUUGCGGUUGACCCCGGAGUGGAUGCCUCCAUGGAGGGGGAGUUCCCCCAGCAGAGACGCAGGAGCAGCCAGGAGGACAGCGGGGAAAACCAAAUGAUGUGCAAAGAAAAGAGCGAACACCCGCACAUGCACAGUUAUAACAACUGCAGAAGUAGCAGCAAUGAUGAGUCCCAAGAAAAGGAUGCCAAAUAUUUUUCCAAUCUACCUCUGCACAAAAAGAAUUGCCUCUAUUAUUACAAAAACAGCCUCUUUUACAAUACGCAGUACUCGGAGGACGAGUGCAAUUUGACUCUCUCCGGGACGGACCCCUCCAACAGAGGAGGGAGGGCAAAUGGCAACAGGAGGCGAAUGAAAAACACUGUGCUUAACGUGUACAGUAAGGAUGACAAUUAUUUGCAUUUAUUUAAGCCGCUCAUACCGAGCAUAAAGAUUUUACUCUUCAGCCUUAACAAGAUUCUUUUCAACCAGUACAGAUGCAAUGAGCCCAUCACGCGGAUCCACGAGCAGCUGUUCAAGCGCAUCGUGUGCGAUGUGGUGAAGGACAAGGUGAAGCUGAAUAGGAAGAUUAAGAAGCUGAGGCGGCGCCUCGCCGAGUGUCGCGACGGCGACGCGGGGGCCGCCGACCAGGGCAGAGAGAGCGCCAGCGCGGAUGGCAGCGCUAAAGCGGAUGGUAGUGCGAAAGCGGAUGGUAGCGCGAAAGCGGAUGGUAGCGCUAAAGCGGAUGGUAGUGCGAAAGCGGAUGACAGAGCUGAAGCAGGUGAGGGCUCCAACACAAAUGACGAGCACCCCCACAGCAACAGAAGCAGCAGAAGGCGAAGACUGGAAAGGAGGGAAAACGACUUGGUGGAGGAUCUGAAGGAUCUUCGGAUUUUCGAGAAAAUGUGCUACGAGCUGUUCAACCUGAAGAGCAAAACGGAGAGCGAAAACGAAAGCAGCGACCACAAGGUGGAGGCGAGCGACUACAGUGAGAGGUCCAACGUGCAGAGCGAGAGCGAGGUGUACCCCAAGUUCCAGAGGUACCCCCCGAAGCAGGGCAACGAGGUGGAGGAGGCCGAGCAGGAGGGGAACCAGAUGAGCCAGCCGAAUCAGGCGAAGCAGACGAAUCAGCCAAAGCAGCCUAAUCAAGCGAAGCAGACGAAUCAGCCAAAGCAGCCUAAUCAAGCGAAGCAGCCCAAUCAAGCGAAGCAGACCAAUCAAGCGAAGCAGACCAAUCAAGCGAAGCAAACGAGCGCCGAAACGGGAACCAACAACGGAAAGGACAAAAAAUCGACGCAGAAAAAUUACGAAGCGGGGAAAAAAAAGAACGAAGCGAAUUACAAAGACGAGAACGAUUCGUAUGACCAAAGCAAUAACGGUAGCGACCAUUUUGAUGAAAACAAAGAAGAAGACUUCUUCAGCCAAGGGAAGAAUAAAGACUCAGAUAAUUACGACAGCAAAGCGAGCAAAAAUAAAAGCAUCAACUCGUUAAUAUACAGCAUGAUAAAUAAAAAAAAAAUAAAUUUUUAUAAAAAUUAUAUCAUUUGUGAGAAGGACAUUUACAAGACGAUUGAGAAAUCGUCCUUCACUGAAAUUCCGUACGUGCUUUUUUUCUACAUGAAUUGCUUCCGAAAUUUGAGGAGGGGGGAGCUCAUCGACAUUCCGCUGUACUUGGACAUAUACGAGGACAUCGAGGAGGAGACGGAGCGGAGGGCCCAGCCCAACGGCAAGGGGGAAAUGCCCGGCCCGCAUGGAGGCGGCAUCGGUGGAAGCGGCAAUGGGGGUGUCAACGGCAACGGUGGAAGCGUUAGCGGAAGUGUCAACGGCAACCGAAGCGUCAGCGGCAGCGGCAGCGGCAGCGGCAGCGCCAGUGGCAGUGUCAGCGGCAGCGGAAGUGCCAGCGGAAGCGCCGGCGGAAAUAACCACUACAAUAAGGAGGACAAAGGCAACUCCUUCUUCGGAAUUAAAAAAAACGUACACGCGAAGAGAAAAAACGAUGAGUACAACGAGUAUAUAAUUACCUACCAUCUGUACGCCCUCAUCAUUUCGGAAAACAAAGAUGGGAGUAACAACAUGUGUGGGAUCCCCAGUUACAACAAGCUGAGCGAUAUCGAAUUUAACGCAGCCAACGAGAUGAACAGCACGUCCUAUUCGUAUCUCAUCCUGAGACCCUACAUUAAAGGGCCGUGGUUUAAAAUAUAUAAAAAUAGGAUAACCAAACUGAGACAGACGUAUGAAUUUAACGAGUGGAAGUGCCACAAGGAUUUCUACUGCUCUUGCUGCAUCUAUGUGAGCGAUAAUUACUACGAUUUGAACAACCAGCUUUGUCUGAAGCAGCUGAACAUCAAAAAUAUUAACUUCCCACUGUACAUACACACCUUGCGCGAGUUUGAUAUUGAGGAGAAGGACAUCUUCGAGUUUAACAGGAGUGGCAAGGAGGAUUUGUACGCCCAGCGAGCCGCCCGGGGGGAAGAGACGAUGGACGACCAGCUGAUUUAUGAGUUGCGCAAGGGGUCGGCUAACCAAGCGGUUGACCAAGCGGUUGGCCAAGCGGCUGACCAAGCGGUUGACGAAGCAGCUGACCAAGCGGCUGACCAAGAGGCUGACCAAGAGGCUGACAAACCUGUUGAUAGCAACGCUAACCAAGUAGCUGACCAACCCGAUGACCGAGUGGAUAAGCAGGCGGAGGGGGAAGCGGAGGCUGAGAAGGCACAGAUGGGAGACGCCGGUGAAGUGGCCCCCCUCGAGGGAGUGCACACAAACAGCGCGGAAUUGGAAACCCAAAUUGUUGCACAAGAGGGGUACUUUAAAAACGCGGAGGAGGGGACCCCGACGAAUAGCGGGCGUGCCGAAAUGGCGAAAACGCUUGUGAAUAGGAAGGACCACCCCAACAUGAGCGACGGAGCGGAGGGACACCCGUUUGUAACCAACGAGAGAGACCUCAUACUGAAUUCGCUGAAGGUCCACCACAGGAUGAUGAUCAAUGUGAAGGACGAGCUGUUCGAGGACGUAGUCAAAAUUGAGGACAACGAAAAUGCAGCAUACAACUACACCAUAAAUGGGAAGGCCAAAAUGUACAUUGUCCUUAACAAGAACAGCAGCAGGUUGAAGCACAACAAGCACUUCUUUGACAUCAAGGGGAUAAUGAAAAGUUACGAGAAAUUCGACGAUAAUCAUAAUUUGAAUCUGUUUAGCAAUAACGUGUGUGAGAUGAACUUUUCGCAUAACCUUUCGAGAGGGUUUGUCAUUUCGAAUGGGUUUUUCACCUCGGAGGGGGUGUACUGGGCGAGCAACGAGUUGGCGCAGGAGCAGAGGAGCGUCAGCGAGGUGCGGGUCGAGCUGGGUGGCGGCUGCUGGAGUGAGCGCUGCGAGUCCGCGGAGCGACACAGUGCAGAGCGGCACACCGUUGAGAGGUACACCUCCGACAGGCAAACCGCUGAGCGGCACACUGCUGACAGGCAAACCGCCGACCGGCACACCGCCGACCGGCACACCGCUGAGAGAUACACCGCCGAGGCGGACCCCGCGAGCGGAGUCGAGAGAGAAAGCAGCGCCAGGUGCGCGGCGAGGAGCGCGCGAAUCAACGUCCUGAACGAUAUCCAGAAAUCAAAGGGGAAGUGCCACAUCAAGAAGGACUACCGAAACAGCCACUUUGUAAAUUACCAAAUAAACAACGGAAUGAUCAACGCGAAUAACAUCAGCUACAUCAAGUGCUUCAUGCAGUUGCAAAAUCUUUUCAAAAAUAUGAAUCUCAAUAACAACGAUUUUGUUAACAGCAGCAACAUGAAGUUCAGAAUCAACAGCCCCUUCAACAUCGAGCUGAACAACAUCUUCUUCAAUUUCUAUAAAGAGAAGAUCAAUUUUAAUAGCGUCAAAAGGAGCUACCUAGAUAAUGAAGAAAAAUUAGAGCUACACAGCUACUAUUUAAAAACAUGCAUAAAUAUUUUUAAGUCCUUUUUUCAUGAGUACUUGUAUAUCAAUUUUACAAAUCAUGGGGAACUUAGAAAGAAAAGGAAAAACGUAUACAAAAAUUUCUGCAUAGCAUUAUCUGAUAUAUUUUUUAAUAACCUAAGUUUCAACACAGAUGAGGAUGAUGAAAAUUUUGAACACUUACAGGGAGGAAUUGCUGUUUACGAAUUUUAUGAAAGUAGAUUUAAAAAAUUAAAAAUUAUGUUGAAAAAAAUUUUUAUGUAUUUGAAUAUCAUCUGUAGGGUUAUUAAGUACAUUCAGUUGAAGAAGGCCCUUUUCAAUGAGAAUUUUGACCUUCAUACUUGCAAAAUGCAUGAUGUGUUUUUUUUUAAUUAUUUGUAUUUUUUUUAUAAUAAAUACUCCAAGAGUUGCAGCAGUAGGUAUAUAAAGAAACUCUGUGUGCGUUACGCGGUGAAGAAGCGAGAGAUUGUCACGAGUUUGCGUCGGAAAAUCAACACGGCGAAGGACGAGGACUUUCACUUCCUCGAUGUCUACCAGCGCCUCUUCGAGGGCGCCGUGCGGGGCAGCACUUUGGGCGCUGCGCAGAGUAGCGACGAGGACGGCAGGGCGGGGCCGACGAGAGGGGGGUACACACCUGGUCGGGCCGCCCCCACGUGCGCCGCGAACCAUGCGAACCAUGCGAACCAUGCCAACCAUGCCAACAAGGUGCACCGGCUGAUGGCCUUCUGCAGGUGCAUGCUGGAGGAGCAGAAGCGGGACGCCUUCUUCGAGCCCACCAGGCACAAGGCCGACUGCGUCUUCCGCUACCUCACCUCCGCGCUCCACGAGGACGUCCAGUUUCUGAAAAACAAAAAUAGGGACUUCAACGAAAAGAUGAGCUACACGAAGAGCGAAGCGUGGACAAGGGAGCGAAAGAUGCUCGCCCUGGCGGGGGGGAGCGGAAUUGGAAGUUGUGGAAAUGGCGUAAGCAGCCGAAGCGACAGCCAAGAUGUGGACCAACUGCUCGGUAGUGACCACCCGAAGGACGAAGCCCAUCUGGAGUCCUUCUUCCUGCACCUGUUACAGAGGAAGAAGAAGACCUGCAUCCUGUGCUACUGCGUGAGGCGCUACUACCUGCGCUUCCUAAAAAGACUGCAAAAGAAUUUAUCCUUCGAGGUGCUGGACAAACAGAUCAACUUUAUCUUUGACAGCAACUACCUGGAGAUUAUUAAAUUAUACAACAGGCAGAAGAACAACUGUGGGGGGGCUGGAAACAGCCAGUGCGGCUACCACCACAGUGGUAGCCACUGUGGCUAUCAUUGCAGUCACAGCUGUGGUAGCGGCAGUGGCAACGGCAGUGGCAACGGUAGUGGGAAUAGCAGCCGCCAACUAGGUAGCCACCGAAACAGCAACAACUUCCACCCCAACUGCAAAUGCUCCAGCAUAUUCAGCUACAUAAACAUCGAGUCGAUCGAGGCGUGCAUCAUCUACCUCCUCCAAACCAUCUGGAAGUACUACAUCUGCGACAUCCUCUCCAUCCCAAACGAAUUAGAACAAUUCUACGACAAUUUGGCCAAAAAACACAAGAGGAAAAAGUACAAAAACACGAAGGAUGAAAAGAGCUGGAACUUUAUAAAGUACCUCAAGGAGGAGAAGACAAAUAACAUGAUCAACAAGUACCUCUCCAAUAACGAAGAGAACCAGGAGCUGGUCUCCGCCAAUGAGGACAGCGGCGAGGAGAAGCUGGUGCACAACAACUUGCUGCUCGCCAACUUCCAGUUCAUCGACAUCAGCGCGAUUAAGCGCAACAUCUCGGCGCAGGCGGCCCUCGCCGCGGACCAGCGGGGUGGCCACCCGGAGAGCGUCCCCAACCAGGUUAGCGGCAAUAACCAGGUUAGCGGCACUAGCCAAACUUGCGGCACUAGCCAAACCUGCUGCACCAACCAGGCCAGCACCGACGAGCAGUCGAGCAGCGACAACUGCGCGGGCGGCGCGCAGCACAGGCACAAGCACCAGAAGAGCCCCGCCAAAAAGAGCACCGAGGCGCAGGGCGAAAAGAACAAGGCGCACAAGGGCGAGAAAGUGGAGAGCGAUUACUACACCAUCGACCUGAACAUCCUGAGGGAAGACGAGUUCUGCGCGUACACGCAGUUCCCCAAUGGCACGCUGACCCUUUUGAAGGUGCUGCGGGGGAAGCUGGACAACAGGGAGCUGAAGAAGUUGCUGAGGCAGUUCAACCUUCGGGGCAUUAAGGUGAAGAGCGGCGCGAGGGAGCACGGCAGGAGCAUCAUCGUGACGAACGAGAUGGGGCCGGCCGGCGCCUGCUGCAGGAGGGCCACCCUCUGGCAGGACGAGCGGGAGAGGGAGAAGCAGCCGGAGGAGUGGAAGCCCGAGGAGAGGGUGAGGAGGCCGGUGGAGAGGGAGAAGAAGCCGGAGGAGUGGAAGCCCGAGGAGAGGAAAGACGAACGGGGAGAACCCCCCUCCCUGCGCGAAGGGGAAACGCGCGCGGAGAUUGACGACCAAGCCAAAGGGAGGAAAGGCAAAGCAGAGGAAGAUAAAGCGAAGGCAGCCAAGGGGAGCAAAUCGAAGGGAAGCAAAUCGAAGGGAGGCAAAGAAGUGGGAAGCAAAGAGGUGGGAAGCAAAGAGGUGGGAAGCAAAGAGGUGGGCAGCAAAGAGGUGGGAAGCAAAGAGGUACGAAGCAAAGAGGUACGAAGCAAAGAAGUACGAAGCAAAGAGGUGGGAGGCAAAGAGGUACGAAGCAAAGAAGUGGCUCUACCCAACGCGCUGGAAACCAACCUGGAGCAGGUACUCACAGGAGGAAGCAGCAACGUGGACGAAAAUUUCAUCUCCAAUUUUUACGUAAACCUUAAACUGUUGAAAGACAAAUUAGAUAAUAACUACUCAGAGAAGAACGGCAACGGGAAGGACAGUGACACUCUCCAGGAAAAUGCACUCACGAGUGCAAUUCAUAAGGUAAGCGAAACUAUGAAGAAAUAUAAUAUAAAUAAUAUUAACGAAAUUAAAAGUGUACUGGUGAAAAAUGGGUAUGACAUACGCAAAUGUUACAAUGGAAUUGAUUUGAUCUUCCUCUUCCUAUCAAAAAUUAAAGGAGUCAAUGUGAGCUUCCUCAACGGGAACAAUUUCAUGAACAAUAAAAAUGUAUACGAAAUUAUGCUGCAAAAUUUUAAAACCAUCAAUUAUGAAGAUGUAGAGAAGGACUUUUACUCUCUCGAUUAUAUUCUCUCCAAUUUUGACUACAUCGAUGAGACGUACAUUUUUCAAAGGUACAAAUCUUUUUUUCAUUUUACGGACCUUCUCUUUACAGUGCAGAAUGUGGUGGAUGACAGCUCGGACAUCACGCAGGAUCUGUUCACCCCCUUCUUCGAUGUGCUCAACAAUUUGUUUUGUUACGGCAUCGGAUUGGUAGACAACUUUGGGGAAAACUGCAAAGAGGUUAUCAAAAUUAACAGCUUGGAAUUUUUCCUGGAGCAACUUCACAAAUGCAUUGGCUCUCUCUACAUCAUAGAUAAAAACUUCGAGUGUAGGAAGGAGCUGUUUGGCUUCAUUCAAUACAAUAGCUUCUUUUGGCACGUCCUCUACAAGCAGUAUAACCUUUUCUUAACCUACUACGAUAUGAAGAACCACUGCUCUAUUUUUAACGCCUUUUUGUUUCACUUUUUUAAUUACGCCUUUGAAUUCCCUCUGGACAACUUCUUCAAAAUUGAUAAUCGACUAAGUGAGGAGAAGAUGACCCUGGUUGACCGUCUGUUUGAGAAAUUCCCCUUUUUGAAGGCCCAGGAGAGGUUCCUCUUUUCCCUGAUUUUCCGGUUCCUGCUGCAGGAAGAGAACCACUUUUACAGCUACUACUACAGCAGCGAGUUGUCCCUCUUCAUCUUCAACGCCAUCAUUUCGCUCAACAACUUCAGCCGCAACUUGGAGCAGCCCUACAUGUUCUCCCGGGGCUUCACGCCCCUGCACGGGUGCCACCCGGGGAGCGCAGCGGGGAUAGCGGCGGGGCCGACUUCGACCGGGCCGACUUCCACUUCGACCGGGCCAACAGCGGCGGGGGCAACUUCCACUUCGACGAGCUUCCCGCCCCGCGCCGAAGUAACAACACGCAAGAGGCACUUCCAGAACUUCCACCUGAACAAGGACAACCUCAUCCCGUUCAUCCACCGAAAGGAGAAGGAGCUCCUGAACCUGCAGUCCAUCAUCAACAUGGAGGUGACCAACAAAGCCAUAUACUUUAACAACACCAUCAACGUGCUCAACUUCAUCAUCAAGGAUUAUAAGAAGAACAAAUUUGUGAAUUAUGCAAAUUCGGAUGUGAAUAACAGUCUGUUUUAUUUGGCGUACAACUACCCCAUCAUUAAUAUCAACCCGAGGCAGGCGGACCUUCUGACUCUGUACGUGAGCAGCAUAUACACGCACAACGAGAACUUUCGAAACAUUAAUAAUUUGGUCUACAUCUACAGCAACUCCUUUUAUAAUUUCCACAACUUGUUUUUGUUCCUGAACAAGAGGAACGACCUUUUCCUGUCGCUGUUCAAGCUGCGCUUCCGGGGGGAGCGCUCCCCGGAGAUGCGCAACUUUUUCUUCGACGCGGGGGGGGUUGGCGGCCGGGCUGAGAAGCAUACAGAGCAGCGGGCUGCGAAGCAGACAGGGCGGCAAACAGGGCAGCAAACAGGGCAGCAAACCGAUCAGCUACCCUCCACGCCCACUUCUGUACCCCCCCUUGGCAACUACGAGGUGGCCAUCCACAACUGCGUCAGCGAAGUCUUCUACCUGUACGACGGCAUCGUGUACGACGUGAACGAGACGGAGAACAUCGACUUCUACUUCCGGGGGGGAGACGCCUACCUCAAUUUCGUGCGGGACAGAAAUAUGGAUUACUACCAGGAGAGGGAGAACCUCCUGUAUGAGCAGAACGCGCGGGAGCGUAACGAGGCGAACGAAGACGUGGAGAGGCGAAUCGAAGAGGUGCUGCGCAGAGAGCUGGCCACUACGGGCAACGGGCCGAACGAAGCGAACAACGAGGUGAUUAGCAGCACCAAGGACAACUCCCAUGUUAUGAAGAAUAAAAAUACAAACAAGAGGAAAAAAAACGAAAAAAAUGAAAAUUUCCUGCACGAACCAGAGUUAGAAAGAGACAUAAUGAAUAUCAGAUUUACCAAAAAAGAAUUCCUUGGAAAGAACCUCCCCUCCUUCUUCUAUUUCAGAUCGCUCAUGUAUAAUCAUAAAAGUGUGGCCAAUAGCAAGUCGGACGUAACGCAUGCCAAUUCCUCCUCCUCCAGUGCCCCCAAGAAAUUUUUCUACAUCUCUCUCCUUUUUAACAUUGACUUUUACAACAUACGAGGGAUGCACAUCGAAAAUAAGUUGGUGUCUGACCGCACUUUGCUCAUUAACAAAAUUUUGAAGGACAACAAGGGGAGGCUGCUGAACGUGAAGGUCUUCCACCUGUACAAUAUCUUCUCCAAGAUUAUUGAGCUCUACUACGAGGGGAAGAGCGCCAACAGAAGGGGUGGAAGGGGAAUCGGCGGAAGGGGAAGCGGUGGGAGCGGAAGCGGCAGUGGCAACGGCAGAAGCAGAGGCAACAACCGAAGCGGCAACAACGCGGAGGAGAAGUUCAUCAACGGGCUGGACUACAAAACGGACGAGGACUUCUACUACAAGGUGAAAAUGAACCCGACGUACUUCUUCCUCCUCUAUGCCAUUAAGAACGAUUACGAUAAGAAGAACAAAAACAAGUUGGUUUUUAUGAAUGUCAAUUCGGAUGUAGAGAGCUACGUCGAGGACAAGAAGGAUGGCGCGCAUAAAUUCGACUUGAACAUCCUGCUCAUCCCCAUCUCCUCGCACAUUGUGCUCAGCAAGUACAACGGAAACAUCAAUCUGUUCAACGACAACGACUACCCGCUCAUCACCUUCAAGUUCCUCACCUCCACGUACGACUUGGUCUGCAUAGGCAUGAUCAUCUGCUACUCGAAGCUGCUCCUGCAGGACUACAUCAUAAACUGGUUCAUCCCCAAAAUCAAGGAGCGAAAAUUAGUAAAAGAAGAUUUAGAAAUCAAGCUGGAGGAAAUCAACGUGUAUGAGGAGUCAGACCUGCACUGCCUGGAGAAAAUUAGGAAGUUCUCCUGCAGUAUUAAGAAGCUGCUGAAAAAAUACAACAACACGAUAGUCAUCCAGUUGAAGAGAAACCACAGCAUGAAUAAGGUACACAUAAAAUGUAUAGAAAAUUCUAAGCUGAGCAAAACGAACUUCUGCUCCAACUGCAAGAGCAACUACGUCUGCUUAUGCCAGAAAAUUAAAAAGGAAGAGCUCAGGAAAAAAAUGAACUUUAUAAGGAGCCAAGAGAAGCGCAUCGAGGCGAUUAGGACCAACGGAGAAGUUGACCCCGGAGAUUUUGUUGGGGAGAAUUGCGCUCGUAAGAAAAGCCAAACCACCCACGUAAGAAGUCGUGAGGCACCGUCAACCACCGAAACGGGAGAGAUGAUCGUGCCGGAUGAGUUCCCAUGGGAUGACGACUUCAUGAAGCUGCUGUACCAAAAUGAAGAUUUCCUAGAGGAAGUCCACGUCCUGGAAAAUUCCUACCGCUCAUCCAACAGCUCUGUCCUCUCCGUCUCCAGCGACAACAUUUCAAAUUUCUCGGGAGACGACAAUUGCAUUUUGGACGAAAUGGAGAACACCACCAUUAUAUUUAACAACGCCCUCUACGAGGACGAGGACCUUUUGCGGAACGAAAAGAAAACCCACGAGAGGGGAGCGGGAGCGGCGGCAGGAGGAGCCGCUGCAGGAGGAGACCACUCCUUUGUAGCCCCCCUUGAGGGAAGCAGGGGCAAAAGAGAUGCCACUACGUGCAGCUUGGGAUGCUCCGGUGUUGGGUGCGGCGCGUGCGCCGAUGGCAGUGGCGGUGGCAGCGGUCCGUGUGGCGGCGCUCCCUGUGGUGGCUACAACGCGCUGUGCAACGGUGUGUGCGGAGGCACUUGUGUUGGUACGUGCGGACCCACCUGCAGCUGCGCGUGUGCCACCACCUCAGGCGAUAACGCCAUCGAAGUAAGCCUCAGAAAAAACAACCAAAAAAACGACAUCGAGGAUAUCCUCCUACUCGAAUUUGACAAACUGAGCACAGAGCAUGUUACCAACGUGUAUGCAAUACAGAAGCGAUUUGAAAGGUACACGGAUGGGGUUUACACCAAAGUGAUGGGCGAGCUGGCAAAGAGGAGGGAAGCCAGUAAAAAAGCAAAAGGGGAAGAGGUCCGUCACAGCAAGGGCUUAGCCAAAGCGGGUGCGCGAAGCGCUACCAAGGCGGUGAGCGAAAGGAAGGAGAGAACUAAAGGGCUGGGUAGUCAGUCGGAAAAAAAUUUGGAGACACCCACUGGUGUACCUACCCAGGGUCAGCAGGGUAAAGCGGCACAGGCGUCCAAAGUUGAUACGGAUGAUUUGAAGACAUCUGCCGAGUUGUCACCGAAGAAGGGAGAGCAGAGCAAAUCCCAGGAGGAAGGCGCGUCUCUCCAACCUGUUAGCAACAAUAAACGAGGUGCUAAGACCACCAAGGCUGAAAGAGGGACCCACCCAGAUAAAGACAAAGGUAGUACCAGUAGCAACAACGCGGCGGUUAAGAACAAACGAGUUGUGGAGGACAGCACUGGUGGUGCAAGUGGCCCCGCUCAGGUGGACAGCUUAACCCCCAAGGAGGAGAAAGCGCGCAAGGGAAGCUCGAAAGAGGGCGCACAGGAAGGAGAGCUACAGAAGGAAAGGGAUAACAAAGGGGGUGCUCAGCUGAAGGUGAGUCCGGCCGAUGAACAGGGAGCGAAGAAAGCGGAACCCAUUGGUAAGAAGAGAAGCGGUGAAAGCAAAAGUGGUGACGUGAAAGUAGGCGACGUGAAAGUAGGUGACGUGAAAGCGGGCGACGUGAAAGCGGGCGAUGUGAAAGCGGGCGACGUGAAAGCGGGCGAUGUGAAAGCGGGCGAUGUGAAAGCGGGCGAUGUGAAAGCGGGCGAUGUGAAAGCGGGCGACGUGAAAGCGGGCGAUGUGAAAGCGGGCGACAGCAAAGGCGCAAAGAAGAAAGGGGGCCAGGGAAUCAACACCCUGAAGGGCGCAGAGAGCUCUGCCAAGAAGGAAGGCGGCGGCAUGCAAAAGGGCGCUGGCGACGGCGCGAAGGAUGAAGGUGGUGCCCCCGUCGAGAGCGAAGUGGAGGAGGAGACGGACAAGCCGAGCGAGAAGAGCAAAGGGGUCGGCGGAAAGAAGGGCCAGCAGGCCAAGGAGAAGAAGAAGGGAGGCGGUAGCCCGGCGGACGGUGAGGAAAGGGGGAAAGGCGGCGACAAGAAGAAGGCAGAAGCGAAGAAGGGAGAAGCGAAGAAGGGAGAAGCGAAGAAGGGAGAAGCGAAGAAGGGAGAAGCGAAGAAGGGAGAAGCGAAAGGGGAAGCGAAAGGGGAAGCGAAAGGGGAAGCGAAGGCGGAAGCGAAGGCAAGCGCGGACGUAGAAACGAACGUAGAAACGAACGUAGAAACGAACGUAGAAACGAACGUAGAGCGGAAUGCAGUUGGGGGCGCCGCGGGGGAGGACCAAAACGCGGAAGACGCCAUCAACAACUACUUCUACAAAAACGUCUCGGAGCAGAUCGAAAAAAUGGAAAGAGUGGACGCCGUCGCGGCGUACCUCUACAACGAGCUGGUGGAGAUAACCAAGAAGAAGCUGAAGAAGAAUGUUAUACGGUUGGAGAACCUAUCGGGAGAGGGCUACCUGAGCGUAGGGGAGGAAUUCCUCAGCGCGAUGAAUGAGUUGGUUCUAAAGCUAAACAGCAAGUUCGCAUCAGAGGAAGGUGCGAAGAGGCACAUUUCGAGCGGCGCCGCUAGUGUAAGCAGCACGUCCGGUGGAAUGAAGGGCACCAAAGGGGGAGCAACCAGCACAGCAGCGGUAGUAGCAGCAACUCAGAUGGGAAAACACACAGAGAGUGACCACCCCGGAAAGGGAACCCCUAUCAAAGAAGUGGGCACAAAGGAAGAACAGAAGGAGAGAAAAGAAGCCAAUAGGUACAACCUGCACGAUAAUGAAAAUAUUAUAAAACUGUUGAGCAUGCUGAAGAGAAAAUUGAUUUCUAAGAUCCUCCUGCCAGAUAGCCCAAGUGACAAAAGUAAAGCGAGAAAUAAAAAAAUUGUAAAAAAAAAAAAACAAGUGGACAUAAAAUACAUUUGGGAGAUCUUCAGGAGGGAAUACGUUUUCCACGACAAACUGUUGAUUCUAACACAACACAUUUUGGAUAUCAACAUUCGGACCCACAUCUUCCUUUUUGUGUAUCUCUUUGCUGGCAAUUAUUUCUCCCUUGUCGAUUUGGACUACCUGCUCAACAGCGUCACCUACGUGAACGACUACGUGUAUUAUAAUAAGGUCAUCGUGGAGGAGUCCCUUUUCUUGGGGGUAGGCGGUUCAGCGGGGGAAGCGGCGGAAGCGGCAGGAAGGGCAGCGGGAAGGACCACCAGCACCAGCGAAGUGAAGAAGGUGCAAAGUCAGGACCAACAGCCGUCGAAGCAGGAAAAAGCAACCGCUGGUAAAAGCCCACUGGGGAAUGCCAAGAGCGAGGCAGCCGUGGAAACGCUAAGCAGCAACAACCAAAGUGGGAAGAAAAAAAAGAAGAAAAAAAAUACCCGCAAUGGCGCAAUCAUCGACGAUGCCGAGGGAGAAGAGGAAGAGGAAGAGGAGGAGGAUGACGAGGAGGAAGAAGAUGACCUGGAUGACGAUGAAGAGGGGAAAAAAAAAAAAAAAAAAAAAAAAAAUACACAAGAUGAGGCGCCAGAAGAGGAUGUACUGAUCAACGUAAACAUUAGCAAAAUUAUUUAUGUGCUCAUUCUCAUUAGCAACAAAAAAAUUUUAGCUCACCUGGUUGAGGAGAAGUCGCCCAGACCGCUCGGCCCCAGUUGCUGCCUCGAACUGAGUAAGAAGUACUACCAGAUGGUGAACGCCGAGUAUUUCCAGAUAGCCAAGGAGGGCGGCGCGAAGGACUGGAGCGAGGGCUUCGAGCGGGACGCGGCCUUCUUGGAGAGCCUCAGCCUGGACGAGAUAGUAACAGGCGCGGUUAACGCAGGCAAUGCGGUCAAUGCCGCUAACGCCGCGAACACCGCCAAUGCCGCCUAUGGGGAGGCCCUCCCCGCGUGGGGCAACGACGCGGACGACGCGAGUCACGCCAGGGCGCAGAAGCAGCACGCGGACAGGAAGAAGCAUGACGCUGCAGAUAGGAAAUUUGAUUUGGCAGAGGGAAAAAGAGACCCCCCAACCUUAGGAGAGAGCGAGCUAGCAGUCAUCAACGAAAACGACCCCAUGCAUGAAAGGGCCCUACGGAGGUACAUCCACAUGCACAAUUUCAUCAAAUUUAAAUUAAACUUUAACAUUGCCGUGAGGAAAAUUAAUUACAUGAAGGAGAAGGACCCCUCCACCGCGUCCUUCUACUCCCUGGUGUUUAAGUACACGAGCGAUUUGAUAAGCGGCCUGCACAGUAGGUUUCCACCCCAGACGGCAAAGACUCGUUCAAAUAGAACAUCCCAUGGGGAGUGCAAGACGAAGGACCAGUUGCCCGGGGCCGCCACCCUCCUCCUGAGCAGCAGCAAGGACCUCCAGGUUAGCGUUAAAGACAUUGCAAAGAUGAAGGAAAUUUAUGAAAAGUUCGCCUCAAGAACUGCCAAGCCAAAUUUAAUAAAAGACCUUUACAGUAGAAACGUAGAAAUUAAUCAGCUCCUUAUGAGCACGUUCAUGGACAAGGGUAGUUGCUUGAAUCAGCCGUUGGGCGCCGCUACCAAGGGCGUGAUGAGCAGCGCGAAAAAGGGGCAACAACACCCCUCCAAGGCAGAUGCACUGACCAGCACAAAGGAGGUGAAGGUAAAUGUUGCGAAGGCGGGACCCACUAUUGACGAUUCGCAGAGUGAGCUUCAAACCGGGGCAGGCAACAACAGUGCGUACGAUAAGAGGGGAGCAGCACAAGGGGGGGGAACGACGAUGAAGAGUAACUACGCUGCGUUGUAUGACCAGUCGCCCUCCAACAAGAACAGCGGCAAUUUGAAGAUCUCUGGUGCUCAGAGCCAAACCGCCGGAGGAGUUGCUCCCAGUAGUACUAGUGCCAUCAGCAAGGGGAAAAAAGCAACCGUGGCGGAGGGAGGCAAAAACGUCGCCAGCAGCGCGAAUGAAGUUGAUUCUCCGGCGGAGGAGGCGAAGGGUGGAAAGGCCGCCCCCCCCGCGUCAGUCGGUACGUCACCGGCAAACGAGGGGGCAACGAGCGCGGUGAGCGGUGUGAGUGGGAGCAUAAACGCGCAGAGCGGAGCGGGUAGCGCCACUGCUCACCCGAAUAGUAGCACCGCCUCGCACAGCAAAUUUGCGAAGAAGAGCAAGUUCAAACGGAUCUACAAUAAAGACAUCCCCUACAUCUGCAACGAAGGAAAAACGUGGAUGGUGAUUUACAAGCCAGCCUACUACCACUGCUCAGCGUAUACCUCCCACAACAGGUAUAAUUUCCUAGUGAACAUUAAUAAGUACAGCGAUUACUUUUAUAACAUUUUAGAGAAGAUAUGCCUCAAGUGUAAAAUGAAAACGAAAUUUAUGUGUACCCCUUGUAAAGAAAUGGAGAGCAUUUGCAAUAAGUGCGAAAGUAUUGUGGCUAGAUUUUGCAAGAAAUGUAAUUUGUUAAUAAAAAAGAACAGAGACGUUUUAAAAAUUAUAAACAGUAUAUCUCUGAAUGAUGUUAUAUACAGUGGUCGAGUGGAGUCCUUUCACCUCUACAUGAUGAAGUCCUUUCCGCAAUUGGAGACUGUAAAGAAAUGGCACAAGCUGGAGUGUGGGCUGUGUCAUCGCAUCGAUUUGGAAACCUCAGGUAGUUUAAUCAUUGCCAAGACGAAGGAUGCUCGGGAUUUCCUUUUCGACCAGUUUAGAAAGAGGAAUGUCUAUAAAGAGUACCUUUUGCUGUGCCACGGAAGGAUUAAGAAGAAGAAAGGCUGCAUUAAUAAGUCCAUCCAGACGCACGAAUAUAAUAACUUUCAUAGCAAGAGUCACUUCAGCUUGGUCGUGAAGACAGGAGGCACCGAUGCGUACACAGAAUACAACUGCGUCAAAGUGUUUAGGCUUAAAAGACAGAUCGAGGACAUCGUGCAGGAAAUUCUGGCCGGAAGGUACAACUGCAACAGCACUGUUAAGAAGGACAUCAACAAGGAGAUCUACUGCAAUGAUUAUUACAAAUUUUUGGAUGACGAGAAGAGGAACUUUGCCACCGUUAUUCAGCGCUUCUUCGUUCAGCGGGUCGGGCCCUCCUCCCACGCGGAACAUGCGCACCACGCGGAUACGCAGCAGAGCACCCACCAGGCGCACCACGGAAGUGGUGGCUACCCCUUUGAGCACCCCGCAUACGACGCGCAUAUACUGGACGGCGACGACGGGGAUUCCUUCCUACAGCGAAGCAGCUGCAGAGUCGUCCUGAACUAUCACUCCGAUUCGCAGCUCGGGGGGGGCAAGAAGGGGGCCACGAGGAGGGGGCGCCAAAGCGGAAAGGGGGAAGAUUCCGCCCAGGAAGGAGCAAACGCGGCUGACGCAGCGACCGCGGCAGACGCGGCAGACGGGGACAACGCUGCCACCGCGCCCUCCAAGCGGGAGGCGCUGCUGAAAAAACUGAACCUGUCCAAGGCGAACCAAAACAGCAAGAGUCGCAACCAUUAUGAAAGCCGCCUCGGCUACCCAGCCAUCAAGAGGAACGUGUGCCACCACCUCUGCUUCAGAUGCAACUCCAUCUCGGAGGAAUAUUUCCAAACGGAUCCAAAAGAAGUAGAAAAUUACACCAAAGAAUUUACCCUCUGUAAUGUCAAGAUCCACACAGGUAGAACCCAUCAAAUACGGGUUCAUAUGAGGCACAUAGGGCACCCCCUAGUCUCAGACAAGAAGUACCUGAACCCGUCGCUCAGUAAUCUAGACAAAUACUGGUGCUUUAGAAUGUUCCUCCAUUCUGUUAUCCUCGAAUUUAACAACCCAGAUUACUAUUUUUACAAUGUAAAUGAAGAUUUGAAGAAAAAGAAAAAAUCCUACGCAAGUGGGGGUGGAGGUGCGGGUUAUAAAAUUCCAGACAGAACUGUAAAGGCGAUAUGCCCCCUUGCGAGCGACUUGCAAACCGUGCUGGACAACGAGCUGGAGGUCGCGGAGAGCUUGGAAGACGAAAAUAGCUACGUCAAUCGUAUCCUCAAAAUGAACAUUAAUGAUAAGCGAAAUGAGGCCAUGAAGAUCUCCAGGCAGCAGUCCACCGCGGAGGAGCCCGCCAAAGGGGACGCCGAUCGCACCUGGGAGACGAAGCAGGCGCCCACGCGUGGGGUUAGCGCUCCAACGGGUAACUUGCCAACGGGUAACUUGCCAACGGAUAGCGCUCCAACGGGUAACGCUCCAACGGGGAAGGUGGCCGAGCAGCCCGCUGCCAAAGUGAAGGACGCAGCGGAGGAGCCACACCGCGAGGGAGACAACCGAAGUGAGUAUGACGAUUUUGAGGAGCUCGACGGGCUGGAUGGGCUGGACGAGUUCGACGAGGAAGAGGAGGAUGAGGAGGGCGUCGAGGCGGUCGCUGCGAAGGAGGGAGGAGGAGACCAACUGGAGGAGGAGGAAGAGGAAGACGAGGAAGACGAAUCUGACGAGGUGGAGGAGGACUACUUGCAGGAGGGGGACGAUGAGGAAGCGGACAACGUCGCCACCUACGCCCGAGGAGACCCCGCGGGCAGUGUGCACGAUACGCACGAUAUGCGCGAUACGCAAGAUGGGGUUGAUGCGCAGGGGUCAGCCAGCCGAGGAGGCGAGGAAAAGGCGCCGCUCAAGAAGAAGGGACCCAAAAGGGGACAGAGUGAGCCGCUCCUACCACAGCUGCAGCAGCAGCAGGAGGAGGAGAAGGAGAAGAAGAAGAAGAAGAAGAAGGAGGAGAAGAAGGAAGACGACCCCUCCCUCGGUGGUAGCAAAAGGGCGCCCGCAAAGGUUAAGACGCGUAAGGAGAAGGGGAAGUCAAGCGCAGCAGGAGGGGUGAGUGCAGACGGCGCGUCGUACUUCGAAUCUGACCUGGAGUGGGACGGAGAAGAGGAGGAGCAACCGGAGGAACAACCGGAGGAGCACGAGGAAGAACAAACAAUCAGCGACGCACCGCUGCUCGACGUGGACAAAAAAACGGUCUUCAAAUUGCACCACAACGAUAUGUUCUUCAUGAAAAGGAACCCCCCAAGGGGAGGAGCAAUCGAAGGAGAAGCAAACGAAGGAGAAACGAACGAAGAAGAAACAACACCGCACAGCAGUGGAGCUGAUGUGCACUCAUUCGCAAUGACAGAGGAGGAGAAGUUAAACAAGGACCCCGGCCAAACGACGGACGACGAGAUUAAGAGAAAGCUACGGACGGACUUCCUCUUCCUACUGAAGGAGGCCAAAACAGUGAUCGAUAACAUCAUACGAAACAGCUUCAUUUACAAAACGUAUUUUUAUUUUUCCAAGCUGAGGAAGACCCUCUUUUACAUUUUAGGUGCCUUUGGAAAGGACGCUGUGAGGAAGAAGAAGAGCUACGUCGAAAUGAAUUUGACAGAAGAGAUGUUUAAGGAGGUGGGGGAGCAAGUCGAGAGGAGAGUCCCAGUGGAGUUCCUGCACGAACUGAUUUUAUGCCUUUCCUACCUCUUUAAAAACAAUCUGCAUGUGAGGAAGCGGAAGGGAGACAUCGUUGUGUAUGCUUUGAAGCGUCACUUGAAGUUCCCUCAGGAGGGAGGUUUGGAAAGUAGCGGCACGACGAACGCUGCCAGUGUGAAAGGUCCCCACCCGAAUGACGCAGCCGAAGGGAAAGGCGAAACGAAACACAUCGUGAUGACCCACUUCCACAACAUCCUCUAUAACCUUAACUACGCACUGAGGCAAAAGGGAAUCAACACGUGCCAAAAACUGAAGAGCCAAAUUGUGGGCAGCACAAAAAGCGUUUACCUAAAAAUUACUUGCAUCUUCACCAUCAUCAUGAAGAAGCUCAACGCGCAGGUGCACCUCCGAGAGGACUUCCACCCCAUGAACUUCAUAAAGAAUAAAAAUAUGUUUAAACUGAAUAGCGUCGAGCAGUUUUUCGUGCUCUACAAAUUUUACGAGGAGAAGAGGGAGCUAGCGGAACGUCGCCUGGGCAGCAUCAGCGGCGUUGCCAGCAUCAGCGGCGUUGCCAGCAUCAGCGGCGUUGCCAGCAUCAGCGGCGUUGCCAGUAUCAGCGGCGUUGCCAGUAUCAGCGGCGUUGCCAGCAGGAGGAGGGCGAAGGUCGCCAGCACCAAGGUCAGGAACAGGGCUGCCGAAAAUGACCUCAUGGAGAAAAUUAAGAAGAUAUUCUUUAGGGUCCACGAGGGGGAGGCCAGGGCCCGCGCCCCUGACGAGGUUCCACAGGGGGGUCAGCAGGCAAAGCAAGAGGAGCACCCGGAGAAGAGGCAAGAUCAGCUGCAGGAUCUUCUGCCCGAUGACGGGGCGUACCACCCGGAGAGGGGCGAACUGCCCCCCGCGCACACGGGCGGCCGCGACCCAAUUCGCAGACACGAAGAGGUUACUCAGAAAAAUCAAGGCAUGGGCAGGAGCAGCUCCCACAGCAGCGCAGGCAGCGCCGUCAGCGGCAGGAAAAGGAGCUUCGGCAUCGUCGAGGACCACGCGCACAUCGACCUGGGCGCCGACCUCAGGAAGGAGCACUUCCUCGAGGGGCGCAAGGGGGACCCCUUUAUGGGCAACUUCGAGCCGUUCGGCCCCUUCGGCACGGUGGCCCACAUGGAAGGCAUGCAAAAUGUUGGCGGCGUAGACGGCAUGCAAAACGUGGGAGAAAUGGAACGUAUUGAGCGCAUGCAAGGCAUGCAAAAUGUGGGGGGAGUGGGUGGCAUGGACGGCAUGGACGGCACACAAAAUUUGCAGCACUUGGCGAACCUGCCCAGCUUGCUGAACCUGCAGAGGUGCCGAAACGCGAACGGCGACCACUUGGCGAACGUGGAGUACUUGAUGCGCAUGGAGGGAGAGCGGGGCGCCAGGUACGACGGAGGGGCGCCCUUCGACGAGGAAGCCAAGGUGACCAACGAACUCUUAAAGAAGGGAAACUACAACAGGUUGGUUAGCGGCAGUGGACAUCUCCCCCUGGAGCUGCAGGGGCAGCAGGGACAGCACAGCCCGCUUAACCAACGCAGCGCCUACCUGCUCAGUGCGGGCGACUCGCUGAAGGGAAAAUUCGAAGUGAUGAAGAGUCUGGACGAGGAGGCCGCCCGGGGAGCGCAGCAGCUGAUGCUCAUGGGCAAGGAGAGCGGCCUGGGCGUGGGGCUGCACGCCGGCGGAAGCAACAGCGGCCACAGCAACGUUAGCAACCACGUCAGCAACCACGUGAGCAGAAUGAACAGCAUGAACAGCAUGGAGGGCGGCGGCCAGUAUGAGCUGCCCCCGAACAGCCACCUGCCCGGCUUCCUAAGCAACAUGCCUGCGAGCGGCCUAGUCGGCAAGGGGUACCCCCACCAGCGAGGAGCCAUCCCGUUUGUGGAGGCGGCAGAUGGAGAGAAAACUCAGAAGGAAAGCAAAACGCCCUUCUUUAGCUUUGGCGAAAGUAGGAACAUGUUUAGCCGUGGAGGAAGCAACCAAGGGCCGUACGUGGGAAGUGCAGGCUACAGGAAGGGAGGUCCAGGAGGGGUGGAAGCCCUAGGGGGGGUAGAAGCCCUAGGGGGGGUAGAAGCCCUAGGAGGGGUAGAAACCAUAGGAGGGGCAGAAGUCAUAGGAGAUGGGCGUGACCUGGUGCUCAGCGGGGAGGAGGGAAAGUUUGGGCUGAAGGGAAGCGGCGCCGGGGUGUACGAAAUGGAGCAGGUGAACCGCGCGGAGAGGGCAGAACGGGCGGAGCGCAUGCAUGCCAUGGAGCUGAUGCGCAGGGGAGAGCAUGUGGACCUCCCUGACCGCCCUGACCGCUUAGACCGCCUCGACCCCGAGGAGGACGAGAACGGGUACAGCCACUUCAUCAGGGAAAUCGAAAGGAUAAAAAUGGAGACGAACAAGUGCCAAGAGAACUACGAAAGGGAGAUGCUGGAAAUUAAAAAAAGAAAAAAAGAAAUUAAUUAUAUAAAGGAAACAAAAAGAGAUGAAGAAAUAAACCAAAAGUUUGCAGACACUACACUCGCCAACUUUACUCUCCUCCUACUGAACGCAUUCCAGCUCUACGGACUCAACAUGGUAAUUAAACUGCUGGUCUACGAAGACGAUAUGAUUCUUCCCCAGUUUAAAGAGAACCUCAAACAAGACGAAACUACAACGAACAUUGAGUUUUUCAUUAACAUCUCCGUAGACAAAAUUUUUGAGUACCUCUUGCUAAAGAAUAUCCUGAGCAAUGCAAAUAUUAAGAGGUUAAAGGAGAGGUUCAUUCAGGGGCAAAGUGCUUUUGAGGCCAUUCGAAAUGAUGCCAACAGUCUUAUAAAGGAAAAUAUAAAGGAGCAUAAUUUUGUGUACAUUUUGUAUAGAGACAGAUCUAUCAUUUUUGAUGUGUAUGAAAAGAAGAAAACGAUUUACAAUUUUUUGAUUGUCCUCAUCGAUAAGGUCAUUCAGAAGUACCUCAUCAAUGAGUACGUCAUGAUCAGGCGCAACGAAAUUUAUGAGAAGAUGCUCAGGGUGCUCAAUCGCAGCAGGGAGAUCGUUAACAAUAAGGAGCGCCGCCACUCCCUGCGCUUUGGGGAGAGCGCGGCGAACGUGGCGAACGCCGGAGCAGCUGAUUAUGGCUUCGUCGGCGCGGAGCAGUUCCGCCUCGAAAAGGGCGCGCUCGCUAUGGGCGGCGGGAUUAGCGGCGUGAGCGGCAUUAGCGCCGUUAGUGACGUUAGCCACGCGGAUGGCGCCUUUGGCGGCUCCUUCAGCGCCUCCUUCGGCGGCGGAAUGGGCCCGCACGACCCGGGCGCCCACAGGAGGGAGUUCCACAACGGAGGCAGCGGCAGCGUCAACGCCAGCUACAUGAACUUCAGCCAGGACAGGCGAGGCAGCCUCCACGAGCAGAAAAUCCUGAAGGAGGUGGGCCACUUCCCCGCCAUGCCCUACCCAGCUAUGCACGACCCCCUCAAAGGAGCACUGGGCGCCGGCCCCAACCCCUACGCCAGCAACAACAGCAGUGCCAGUAACGCUAGUAACGCCACCCAUAUGAACAAAUUUUACGACCUCUACGGGAAGGUCGCCUACGGUGGGGAGGCGGAGGGUAGAAGCGGCAUAGACGGUAGAAGCGGCAUAGACGGUAGAAGCGGCAUAGACGGAAGGCUCAGCAUGGAGGGUAGACUCGGAAUGGACGGCCGAAUAAGCCUCGACGGAAGAGUGAGCCUGGAUGGUCGAGUAAGUCUCGACGGAAGAGUACCCAUGAACAGCCUGGGCGGCGGAAGCAACCCCCCCUUCGAGAAAGCCAAGAUCCUGAAAAACAGCUCCUACAAUGACGCCAACGCGAUGCAGGUGAAGAGCAAAUAUGCGAACGACCAUCUGUAUGGGGUGGGAAAUUACAAGAGCAACUCGUUCAGCACGAACAACCUGAGUCUGUUGCAUCUCCCGACGAACCAGUUGGUUGCCCCGGGCAAGGGCACAGGGCAUAGCGGCAGUCAUGGAGGAGGUAGCCACGGAGGGGGUAGCCAUGGAGGGGGUAGUCACUGUGGCAGUCAUAGUGGUAGUCAUGUGGGAAGCCACGCCGGCAGUCAUGUGGGAAGUCACGUCGGCAGUCACAUCGGCAGUCAUGUGGGAAGCCACGCGCACCUCAACUGCAGCUGCUGCCACGCGGAGCCGCUCUCCCUUUUGGCGAAGUCCGCCUCAAACGAAAACAAAUUGAAAGAAAUUAACCUGCACAGAGGAAACUACGAUAGCGACCAUUUCGACCACUUCUACAGCGGCGGUAGCAACAGCAGGGUGUUGAGUGCGUACGAAGGCAUGGAAAAGAAGACUCCUCAAAAGAAAGGCGAAAGUGAGCACCCGCUGCUGGGCCCGCCCCCCAACUACGCCAGCAGUAUGAGCAGCAUGAGCAGUAUCAGCAGCAUGAGCGGCUUGAGCGGCGUUGGUAGCGGCCUGAGCGACGUGGGCAUUGCCAACUCGCUCGCGCGCGGCGGCCAAGGCGGAAAGGCCGCCAACAUGUCCUUCUUGGACGACUUCAAAACGUCCAUCCAGCAUUUCAUAAACAACAAAAAUGAAAAGGAGGACUUAGAAAAGGAACAGGAAAAUAAAAAAAAAAGAAUCCUCGAGCAGAAAGAAAUCCUGCGAAUGAAGGAGAGCAGCAAUAAUGAGGACGAAGAAAAUAUUAAAAGGAUGAACAGCUUUUAUGAAAGCUUUCUGAGCAGUACGUUUGAGCAUAAGGGUGGCAGUCCGUUUGAGCGUACGGGUGGCAGUCCGUUGGGCCGAGCGGAGGAACGAAACGUGGAACUUGCGAACCUCCUGCCUGAAGCGGAUCGCGAGGAGGACUUGGACGGGUACGACAGGAAGAAGCAGAAGGCCCGCGAGAGGAAGAAGAAGAAAAAGGAGAGCAGCGUCGGGGGUGGCCUUGGCGCUAACCAGAAGGGAGAGGACCACACGCAUGGCCACACUGGUAACCACGCUGGUGACGAUGAUGACGCGAUUGCCUACCAGUUCGUCGGCAACGCGGGGGGUAGCGGCGGCCCCAACCAGAGCGGAAGCGACGGCAACAACGCACUCAGCGCGAACGUGAAUGCCUACCCACGAAGCUUUGGAAACACCAUAGCGGAGAUCUUUUGCAAAAAUAAUUUGAGCAGAGCAAACGAGGAUAAGAAAGAAGAACCGGUCGCCAUAAACGACGCCGCGAGCUACCACACCGAGUGUACCAGUAGAAGUGGCAACCAUCUCGGGGCCCCCCCCCUGAUGGAGGAAAAUCCCUACGUGAACGAAAACCUAGAAAUGAAGUACCGAGCCCUCUUUGCCAACGUAACUGACAGCUUCAUUCACCACCACCACCACAACAGCAGCAGCAACAACAACAGCAUGAUGAUGAGUAAGAGCAGCAAUGAGAAGAUGCCCCAAGACUACAAGGACCUGCUUAACAGUACAAUGCCGAGGGGAAAUCAACUGGAGAGUAAACGGCUAGCUCAGGAGUUUCGAAUGGACAGCAAUAAUUCCGUCGCGAACUAUAUGGGUGAAGUGGUCUGCCCCCCGGCGCCACCCCCCUCCACGUCCUCCUCCUACAACAACAUCAGCCACAACAGCGGCGGUCACCACAAUAGCGGCAGUUUGAACCGCCUGGAGAAGGGCCCGCAUGAUAUGGACCUACUGAAUAGCCUCACCAACGCGUUGCUGUUUAAGCGGCUGGGGAACUUCGCACCGAUCGGUGGGGACCUCCCUGUGAGGGGGGGCGACCUACCCAUUGGCGGCCACUACCUCGGUGACAGCAACCACGGGGGCCAAAGCAUACCGAACAUCAAGUACCAGAAUGCACUGAAGAAUAACUUUCCCUGUGGAGCAGGAGGAGGAGAGCAGGCGAAGAGCAUGAGCGAGUCAAACAUUGGGAAUAUGCUGUCGGACCUAAACAGCAAGGACUUGUUCAAACCAAUGAACAUCACUAGCGGAGGCAGUGGGAAUCACAUGAGCCACAUGGUGGCGGACGGCUUUUUCCCCGAGAGUAACAGCCACGGGAUGAUGGUGGGCCUGCAGAAUGGGGCCAGGAGGAACGUGCCGGUUAAGUACAGCCUGCUGGGGGCGGAGGCCGGCGGCAAGGCGGUGGAGCCGCGUAGCAGCAGCGUCAACGGUGGAAAUGUCGGCGGUGCGAACAUCGGCGGUGGAAAUGCCAGCGGUGGAAAUGUCGGCGUUGGCAACCUGGCGCACCUGCACCCCUCGAACAGCUACAGCAACCUCUACGACGCCAAGGUGAACUCCGUGUUCUUGAGGAAGUACGGCCACGCGAACUCGUUCUUCAACCUCGAGGAGGGGAAGGAAGAGCCCAGCAACAGCGGAAGCGAUCCCAGGAGCAAAGCCAGCAUCCUCCCGCCAAGCGACCUGAUGAGCAGCACCACGGGGACCCACCUCCCGAUCAACAUGCACCCUGCAGGAGAACGCAGCAAGCAAAUGCUUUUUUUAAACAACGCGUAUGAUGGAAUAAGCCCAAGCUGCGGGAAAAACCCCAAUAUGGACGUUCCAAAUGGAAAGCCCCCCACACACACCUACGCAGAUGUGAAGAGCAUGUUCAGAGAGGGAACCCCUAUGAACAGCGGCAACGUGAGCAGCACUGGUAAUGGCAACAGCCUGUUAAUGCAAUUUAGUAACCCCCUAGGGUCCUCCCAUUUCAACAAGACGUAUGCCAAUGUAGAGCUGGCGAACAAGUUUAAAGAUUUUGAUGAGAGGCAACAGAAUUUGAUUUACAACCUGAUGAAGCAGAAGGCAGACCAAGAAGGCAUCAGCAGCAGCGCCGCGGCUGGAGACCCCCCCGGGAGUAGGGACGGCAGCAGUAGUGCCCAGCUUGGCAGCAAAGGCGGAGGAGGGGCGAGCCCCUUUGUAGACGCAGAGCUUCGAUAUCGGAACCCCUGCGGGAAGGGGUACGUCUCCUCGGAGAAGAAGCAAGCCAGUGCGAAGCAGCACACGGAUGAAGAAAAGCAGAGCGUUAGCAGCCCCACGCAGAAGAAGAGUCCUUCCCCCCUUAAAGACAUAAUCAUGAAGAUGAACAUGAACAUGAACAGCGGCGUGAACAGCAGCAUGAAUAGCGGCAUGAACAGCGGCGUGAACAGCGGCUUGAACAGCGGUCUGAACAGCGGCAGCAGCAGCAGCCCCCGUGCGCAAAGGACCAACAUGAAUUUUGAUCUGAGUAGCUUGGCAGUGUACAUGAACAGCGGGCAGGUGAAGUCGAGCGGGCUCUCCAGAUCGACUGGGCGCAAGAAUGCCACAUUGCCAGAGGAGCAGCACAGCGGUGAAGCGGUUGAGAAGAGCAGCGGGCAAGCGGUUGGCAGUGGUAGCGGCGGCCCACACGCAGCGGAGUCGCCCUCCAAGGGGGGGCCCCAUAUGGCCCGAGCCGACGGGGCGAGUGCUCCACCAAACAGCAGCGCUUUGCACCCCCCACCCCUUGAUGACAGUUCGACCAGAACUAAAGAAAAUAAAAUGGGGGGACCGUGUGGCAACAGCAACAGCAACAGCAACAGCAACGGCAACAGCAACAGCAACAGCAACAGCAACAGCAACAGCAACAGCAACAGCAACAGCAACAGCAACGGCAACGGCAACGGCAACAGUUGCACCGCAUCGAAUACGUCCAAGAAGAGCGUCGACGCGGUCACGCAGAAGAACGCCAAUGAGCAGCAAGCGCCCACGGGAAGUGUGCCCCCCGGCAAUGCUAAGGCCAGUAGCGGAAAGGGGAAAGGCAAUAAUAAGAGUAAGGGCGCCGGCAAGGGGAACAAGAACAGCGGGGGGGGCAAGAACGACAAGAGCUCCAAGUGA